AUGAAUAAUAUUGAUCAUUUAAUUAACGAACAAAUGAAACAAAUUAUUAAUAAUAUUUUAUGGAAAAUAAAAGAAGAUAGUAUAAAAUUAGAUGAAAAUUUAUUAGAAUAUUUAUUAAAAAAAAAUUAUACAUGGUUAUUACCAUCAAUAGCAUAUUAUAAACCAUUAUUAGUUAUGAAUUAUAUUAAUAAAAAUGAAACACUUAUUGAAGAUUUUAAACAAUUAAAAAUAUGUUCAUUAAGUGUUGAAUUUCUUAAUGAAAUAUUAAAUAAUGAAUAA